AUGUGGAAGCGGUGAUCCACUAAACAUCUGGAUCCAAUAGAAACUAUCAGAGGGCAUCAAAGCCAAAAAAAAAUGGAGGAUCGGUCUGCCAGUGAUUCAUUCGGACCAGAUUUUGUUCUGGUCGACUACGUYGUCUUUGCUGCCAUGUUGUCAAUUUCCAUGGCAAUAGGAAUUUUCCAAGCCCUAAAGAAGAGGCCAGAGGACUCUUCUGUAGAUGCCUUCUUCACCGGUGGUCGAAGCUUGCCAGCUGUGCCUGUUGGGCUGUCGCUCUGUGCCAGUUUUAUGUCAGCAGUCCAGGUUCUCGGUGUUCCCUCUGAAGGGUUUCGCUACGGCUCAAAGUUCCUCUACAUGUGCCUCGGCCAAAGCAUCAACUCUCUGCUGACCGCUUACCUCUUCCUGCCGGUUUUCUUUCACCUGGGCAUCACCAGCAUCAAUCAGUAUCUGAAGAUGAGAUUUGGCCGAGGGAUGCAGCUGCUGGGAAGCUUCCAGUUUCUUCUUGCCACGCUGCUUUACACGGGGAUUGUCAUCUAUGCACCAGCUCUGAUAUUAAAUCAAGCCACUGGKUUAAACAUGUGGAUGUCUCUGUUUUCUACGGGGAUCAUUUGCACCUUGUACACCACUCUGGGGGGCAUUAAGGCCGUGGUCUGGACCGACGUGUUCCAGAUUGUUGUCAUGCUGGCAGGAUUCAUGGCGAUUUACAUCCAUGGCACAAUCCUGGUUGGUGGUCCUGCACAAGUACUAAAUAUCGCCUACAACGGAUCCCGGAUAAAUUUCAAYGAUUUUGACGUCGACCCACGGAAGCGAUACACUUUUUGGAGCCUCACUGUUGGGGGCUCACUGGUUUGGUUGUCCAUGUACGGGGUAAACCAAUCACAAGUCCAGCGCUACAUCUCCUGCCGCUCAGUGCGAGAGGCCCAGUGGGCUCUUUUCGUGAACCAGGUGGGUCUGUGCCUCAUUGUUGGCAGUGCAGCAACCUGUGGCAUCGUCAUGUUUGCAUAUUACAGCUCCUGUGAUCCAUUAAAGUCUGGGAGGAUUUCGGCACCUGAUCUGUACAUGCCAUUCUUUGUGCUGGAUAUAUUCAGAGAUAACCCAGGUUUUCCAGGUCUUUUCCUCGCCUGUGCGUACAGUGGAACUUUAAGCACGGUUUCCACGAGCAUCAAUGCCAUGGCCGCAGUGACGAUGGAGGAUCUGCUGCAGCCUUGUCUGCGCCACCUGACGCAGAAGAAGCUGAUGCUCGUUUCCAAAGGACUGUCCUUCCUGUAUGGGGUUGGUUGUAUCACUGUUGCAGCUCUUUCCUCCUUCCUGGACUGGGGAGUUCUUCAGGGUUCGUUUACUGUCAUGGGUGUGGUCAGUGGGCCGUUGUUGGGCGUCUUCAUACUUGGAAUUUUUGUUCCGGCGACAAACCGGCUUGGGGCAUAUUCUGGGAUUUUGGUGGGCUUCUGUGUUUCUCUGUGGCUGGCUGUAGGUUCCACUCUUUACCCGCCCAGCGAGGAGACGAUGGGCGUCCUGCCCAGCUUCACGGGAAGCUGCAGCUCUGCCAACGUCACCCUGACCAGCAGCUCCAACCACAAGCAGCACUCCAUCUUGACCCCACUUCAUCCUGCGGACAAAAGCGGGAUCAACAACUUCUACUCCAUGUCUUACCUCUAUUUUGGAGCCAUGGCCACCAGUUCAGUCGUACUGGUCGGGCUGAUUGUGAGCUAUGCGACGGGAGCAACAGAGAGGAGUCAGAUUAAAGAGGGGCUGCUGUGGUGGGACCUGAAUAAUGAAAAAAACAUCGAGAUCCCAGCAGAAUGCAGUACCUGCAUGACGGUGGUUCCCAGUGUUACACACAAUGCAUGCUGGGAUGGAAUGCCUGUGGAGCUGCAAAAGAAUAACCAGGAUGGCAGCAGGAGGUCAGAGAAACCACAGGCGGUGCCUUUGAUGAACCUGCACAAAGAGGAUGUGUUGUAAUUGUAGCAAAUAAUAGUGGAGCGUACAUGUUUGCCAUUGAAAUGAAACACUAUAAAAAGUCCCYAAAGCAUUAUCUCACAGAAACACUUUAAGAAGCAUUUCCACACAUUAUUUCUGUUUUGUAACCUCUGGUUAGCCUGCACCACAUUUGGAGUUAGUUUGAUGAUUUCAAAAAGCUCUUUGCUGUAAUCAGAUACUCUCAGGCGCAAUGAAAAGAUUUAUUUUUCAUUCUGGGAUGUUCCAUAACAGACAAUACGCACCUGCUGCAUGUGUCAACAGCUGCACCACAGGGAACAGGAAAGGCGAGUCUGAGUUGUGUCUGCAUAAACAGUAAUUCAACCCCUUUCCUCGAUGUGUACACUGGAAUUAAAUGGUUACAAGGUUUUAAGCGAGUUUUUGUACCAGCUAUAUGCUGGCUUAAACAAUUAGUUUUUCUUAAAUGAAAGUUAAGCUCAGUAAAAAUAAACACUUUGAGGCAGGGGUGGGCAAUCCUGGUACUCGAGGG